GUACAUUCACCAUAUCCACUAGUGAUGGCUCCCUAUCAGCAACGAACUCGCCGCCGCAUCGGUGAGAAACCAGGCAACGUACCGCACAAAGUCAGCAAUUGGGGACCCGCAAAGCGUGUUAUUCCAAAUCUCUACACCGAGUCUGACAACGAAGGUACUAAAGCUUGGCGUGAGGGCAAACCCGCCGACUCUCGUUAUGACCUUCCAAAUGGCUUCGAUCCUGCCAGCAGCGUCGGCGUGCUCGAGAUGUUUCGCUAUAUUGAGGAUGCUACCAAUACGCGCCUUCAGUUGCAGAAGUGCAAGAACUUCGCCGUAUCAAAAGUUUACAAUGUGAAAAUAUGGGGCGGAACACCAGAGAAUGUUAGACAAGCAUUGAGCCAACUAAGGAACUACUUUGCCCAGAAAAGCGGCCAAGACAAAAAACCAGCAAAGUUCUCAAAGAUCGAAUCAGACAGAGGAUGGGAACGUCACCUUGCUCUUCACAAAAAAAUGCAGCGAGAUGAGAAGCGCGACAAGUUUCGAAAAAAACUCACAGAGAAUGAAAUUGCAGAGAAGCGAUUUCAGUACUCUCUUGUUGUCCCUUGGAGAGAGGAACAUUGGCGAAUCGAGGAUGUAUUAGGACAGCAGCUCGAAGCCAUCGAUGAGGUUCGCAUGGACGGAUUGUGUUACAUCACUUUCUCGCGUAUUCUGAACGAGGCAAACUUUGUUCUCUUGGGCAAUCACAGAGAAAAGAUGUUAAGAGCAGCUGAGCGUCUUCAAACAAUUCCAUACUGCGUGGCUUCUCACGCCCUCUCGCCGUCACAACUCUUCCUCUUCAAACCGGUAAAAGUGCCAUUCGACUACAGUGCUUUCGUUAUCAAGCAAGUUGACUACUUCAAGCCAAAGUACCUCCUCAUUCGACAAGAGGGUUCAUCUUCAAAGGAAGAAGAAAAGCAGGGAAAGUUCCUUUUGCUACAGCCUACUGGCGUUAGCCACGAAGAAUUUCUAACCGACGAAGUCUCCGCGGUCUCAUCUCUUGAAGACCUCGAGGUACUUGGUCCGAUUUGGCUAGGUAUCCAACGUACAGCUGAAAUCAACGCGCAAUACCUGCAUCGCUGGACUACAGCGGCUUUAAAGCACCUGACGAUAUACAGAGGGUACUUGCAAAUGCAGGUCACAGUAGGCAAAUGUGUUUUUCGACGUCAUCGACACGAUUCUGAGCUGAAGCCGUCAGUAGUUGAGGAUAUGCUUCUAGACGCAAACAAUCAAGACCGGAAUUUGGAUGCAUUCAUAGCUGCUAGUGCAGACACAGUUAACGGCAGUAAACUGCUUGAGCGAUUUAUAAGCAGUGGGUCUUUACUUACCUUCUACGACUGUCCACUCCUACCAAAUUGGACACCUGAAAAGCGUCUUUCAACCUGCUACCCACGAUUAAGGGCGGCCUUUGUCUUCGGGAAAAGUCCCUCUGAAAAUAUUCGCCUCGAGGUUGAGUACAAGACAAGCUGCGAGGGCGGUUAUGAAGAAGUAUCGCGACGUUGGUUGCUCUUAGAGGAUGGCGGCACAGUACCUCCAUACUUCUUAGACGUCAACAUGCUUGACCUUCAGAACCCUAAUUUAUCAAAUAACUUAAGGAUCUCCCGGUGCGAGAUUUUGAAAGAGCUACAGAGUCAAAAAAUCAAAGAUAUCCAUCGCCAGUUCGCGAACAACAUUAAACCGAACCCAAAGAUAAAAGAUUUUAACUACGCGGAAAAUACGAGUCUUUUCCAAUUUCAGGAAGAUGCCAACACGUGUGCUCUAUUGGAUUUGAAGUUCUACGAGCAAUCUCGCUCCUGGCUAUUUUCUAUAGGUAUGACAGGGUAUUUCGCCGAACUUUACGCCUCUGGGACGAUGGAGAUGAAAAAAAGCAGAAAGAUGCUACGCAAUCAAUUGCGCGAAGCAUGGCCACGUAAGGAAUGCUGGGCGAUUCGGGUGAUUCAUGAGCGAUGGGGCAGUUUAUUUAAGGAGAACGAAGAUCUCGGAAUUGGGAAGAAAACAAACUGGCAGCCAACAGAGGCCCAGUUCUUUCCCUCUGAGAAUUACAUCGAUACUGAGGGUAUGGAAGGGACAGAGGCUGAAGCUGGUGCAGGCUUUCUAAAACUGCAGAAUAUUGUGAAGAUUGUGGAAGACAUCAUCGAAGCUGAUGAGCUACGGGAGCGUAAGGUCGAAAGCUGCAACUUGGAGUCGACCUUUAUUCCCAGCUUGAAUCCUGACCAAGGGAAGCAAAAUUCAACAUAUGAUGCAGCAAAAACCGAUCAGAUUUGUCUGCUGGACUGAUAGAUGUCUCUCAAACUACAUAGGAUGGUCAAGAUCGCGAGACAAAAAAUCUAAAAACGACAAACUUAAUACCUAGCCUUUCAGGGCAAAG